AUGAGUAACGAGUUCAAGCCACAAAUACGAGAUGAUAUAGAAAAACAUAUAAUAGCUGAGAUUCCUGAUGAAAAUCAAAGGCCAAAUCUUCAUGGAGCUGUUCAAAAUUACAUGGUACCUGGUCCAUGUGGUCCGUACAACAAGAAUUCACCUUGCAUGAAGAAUGGAUCCUGUUUAAAGUUCUAUCCCAAAGAGUUUAGACAACGAACACUCAUUGAUGAAGUUGAAUUUCCUAAAUAUAGGCGUACUGAUAACAGUCGAACAGUGAAAAAAAGGGAAUGUGUACUAGACAAUAAGUUCAUUGUUCUGUAUAAUCCAGAAUUGUUGCUCAAGUUCGGGUGCCACAUAAAUGUGGAAUACACAUGCCAAACAAGUUCUAUUAAAUAUCUGUUUAAGUAUGUACACAAGGGAAAUGACAGUGUAACAGCUCCUCUAUACAAUGCUGGUGAUCCAUCAGAAGCCACACAAAUUGUUGACGAAAUUAAAAAUUACUACGAUUGUAGGUACAUUUCGACAUGUGAGGCAGUUUGGCGUUUAUUUGGAUAUGAAAUCCAAAAGAAAGAACCAUUUGUGAUUAGACUUCCAUUCCAUUUGGAGGAUGAGCAACCUGUUGUUUAUGGUGAAACUUCUAAUGUGAAUGAUAUCGUCAAAGGAGCAAUAUCUCAUAAGUCCAUGUUUUUGGGAUGGAUGGCGGCGAACAUGUCAUAUCGCUAUACUCAAAGUCUGACUUAUGUUGAGUUUUCAACCAAGUUUGUUUGGAAGGACGAUGCUUCAAAGUGGUUUCCUCAAAAGUAA